AUGGAGGAUUGGGAUGUUGUUAAUGUUGUGAAGAUCAAAUCGAAUGUACUUAGUCAAUCAAGAACAGAUAAAAUUGAAGAGGACAGCGUAGCCGAAGAGAAUUGUAAUAAAAAUGCGAACAAGCUGCCGUUUAUGACUGCUUGUUUGUUUGCAACUAUUUUGGAAGAUUCAAUUACAACAAUGCGUAUCCUUGCACAGUGCAAUAACGCUUUGCGUGUGGCAAAAGCUAUGGCGGAUAUGGGCGAUCUAUUAGCAAUAAAGUUUUCUGUUCCUCCGGCGCAGAAUAUCGAUCCCUUAGGGAAAAUCAAUCCCAAUGAGCUUGGCCGUGAAGAGUACAAACUAGACAAGCUAGAAGCGGAUAGAAACUUCUUUUUAGAGGUCUUAACCUCAACAUAUGCAGACCUGUCGCUGGAGCGCGACUUCAAGUCGCUGGUUGAGCACUCCGCCUGCAUGGUGGAGCGCGAGGAACAUUACCUGACGCUGCUUGAAGAUGAAGCUAGAAAUAGAGUAACUCGACGAGACUUGAAUAGACAAAUUCGUCAACAACGCGUGCAUGUAAAGACCGUAACCUAUGACACUGACGUGGUGAUUGACAAGCUCAAAACUCAAGUGGAAGAUGCGGCGCUGAAUGCCGAGAUCCAGGCCCGGUAUAUCGUGAACUGGCAGCGGGCGCGGACGGAACAGCAUGAGCAGAGCAUCGCAGAUCGCGAGCGCCCGCCCGCCUCUGAGAUUGAGACACACAAGCAACGACUGGACCAUGAACAGCGCGUACAUACCGAAUUCGAACUUCUCAACAAUAUCAUUAUCAAUGAAACUUUAGAAAAGGUCGAGAGUUGGAUGAACAAGUACGAUACGGACAUGGAGGGGAUAGACCUGAAGAUCCAGAUUAAGAGGUCCGAUUAUGAAACCACCUUAGAGAACAGACAAAAACUCGAGGAGACGUUGGAGAAACACGACAAGUUGAUGAAGGACUGGGUGAAUUUCAAAGAGGAGCGCGAAAAGGCGCGUCAGUACCGCGAAAAGAUGUUCAACGCUGCUGUGGUGGUACAAGCCUGGUGGAGAGGACUCCUCGUCAGACAGAAACUCGGGCCUUUCAAGGAGGUCAAGAAGAAACCACCGCCGAAGAAGAAGUAGAGGAUAACGAGGAAAUAAGAACUAGAUGUGGAACUAACUUGCAGAAGGUAAAAGCAAUAAAGUUGUUGCUUUAGACUUUAUUUCAGUUUUUAUUCUGAUUUAAUAUAAUUGUUUAUGACCUCU